AUGGAACUCAGCUCGACGGUUGCCUGUGUGCUAGCCACUCUCUUUGUUCUGGGCCUGGUCCAGGCGGAUGUGGGCGUGGCACAGCAGCGCCUCCGCCUGCAACAGCAGCGACAGUCGUCCUAUCCUGCGGCUGGCUACAAGCCGGCCAGGCAAUUCCCCCUCCCCGCGGCCGGAGAUCAGCCGCAGUCCGCCCGGCUGGUGGCCACCGGUGCCCAGCCGCAAUCCGCUCGCCUGGUGGCCAACAGCGAAGCGCAGGAGGAUCUCGACGAUGCCGCCGAGGAAGUGGAGGUGCCCAUGUCGAAGGUAGCGGCUCCUGUUCCAGCAGCAGCUCCAGCUCCAGGUCGAGGUCCUGGCGCCGUGCCUGUCCCAGCCGCAGUCCCAUUCACACCCACAAUCGCAUACUAUCCGGCGGGGGCUGUGGGCUUUGUCCAUCCAACGGCAUACGCCAAAAUCAUUGCAGCUCCGCAACUGCCACAGGCGGCAUUCGCAGCCCCGCAACUGCCACAGGCGGCAUCUGCCUAUGUGACCGCGCCCCAGUACUACGCCGCUUACUUUGGAUAAGUCGCAAGAAGACGGGGAUGGGAU